AUGAACUACACCUCGUUGAAGAAAAAUCUCGUUAUUAAGUUUAGUAACGGUGGACAUAGACCCCAAAAUGAGGAAGGCAAAGGGUUAAAAGGCUCUGUUGCAAAGAGAAGAACCAUAGAAGAGCUUUCCGGGGGUAGUGGACACAAGGGAACAACCCACCGAUGGGGGGUAGCAAAUGAUGGAGUGGAUGAACCUGCUGGCGGCGCAAAGAAAAAAAAAAAAAUGGACGUGUUGCUCGAGCUAGAUGAUAUAUUGAAAGAUCACGUCCCUGUGACGGAGGAGAACGUUGCAGGCAGUAGGAAGAAGGGAGCGGAACAGAAGAGUGGGGCAGUUGGCCCCGCAGGCCAAGGACAGGCAUCACCAUUAGUGUCCACAUCGGCCUGUGCACCUACCUUGGCAGGAGCUGCUCCAACACAGGGAGGGGUCGCCAACGGGUCGCUGCUUCCCCCCCUUGGGGAGAAAAACGAGAAGAAAAUGCCGAGCAGUGGGCAAGAGGGUGCAUUUAAAAAAAAGUUGGACAUCGUGGAGGCGAGCUUCAGCGUGGUGAACAGCUGGUCCACCCACAUCGAGUUGAUUGACUUUGUGAGGAAUAACAUGAAGAACAACGAGUUUAUUUACGUGCGCAGCCUGCCUGGAGGAGGGUACGAGAAAGCCCCAUGCGGGUGUAAGAAGGAAGAAGGCGUGAUGUCCAUAUCGCUAAGCGGAGUGAUGACGAACGAGAAAAACGAAACGACCUUUUACGAACUAAACGAAUGGAAGAAUCACAUAACUCUCCUCAACAGUGCCCUGAGCUUGAAGUUUGUAAGGAAGUUCCCCCUCUACAAAUAUUUUUUUCUCCUCAAAAAUAUGAUUCGGUCAUGCAAGUUCAAAAGGAAAAAAAAAUACAUAAAGGAAAAUUUGUUGUUUCUGAAUGAACACUUCCUGAGUGGCUUCGUAGAGAUACAAACCAUUUUGGACGAGCUAAGAGAGUACAGACUGCUCGACACAAACAUUAACAACAUGAGCUUAGAGCAGUUUACACAUUUUCAAGGAGAAUAUUUCCCUCGAUUUGAUUCCUUCCUUAAGGGGAAGCUCAAUCAUGUUGCCACGGUCAUUUGUGAGUACAGCUUGAAGGCGCUUAAUAUGUUCUUGGCGCAGAAUGGCAUUGUGCAGGGCGGGCGCGCUGACUUGUGCAGUGGGCCCAUCGUGGCGGCGAGAGUCCCCACCCAGUGGGCCGCGAAGAGGGGCACAGCGGACUCCAGCGUCAACGCCAACGCAAGCGUAAACGUAAAUGUAAACACCCAUGGCGAGGUCGACAUCGACGUGUACUACAACAAAAUCGCGCUGAGCAGCUGCUACUGCGUGUACAUAAAGCGCUUCAUACAGGUGUGCCAGUACCUCUGCGACGAUACCCUGAGGAGCAUAAUCCUACACACGUACGAAUACUUCCUAGGGCUGCUCAACAAUUAUUUCGAGGAGGAUGAAAAUGAAGAAGACAGACCUAGGCAAGAGCAGGAUAUGCAGGAUAUGCAGAAUAUGCAGAACAACAACAGAGUCAUUGGAGACACGCCCAUUACACUUAGCACAACGAAGGUACUCGCCAAUGGUGGAGCCUCUCUGAUGAGGCAAGCCAGUGGAGCGGUUUACUCCCCUUAUGCUCAAAUUGGGGAACCUGGUGGCAGUUGUAGGGUUAACGACACCGCGGUGGCAAGCGCAAGGGAGAGAAGCAGCCCGGGGAAGGUGCGCGACAAGGACGGCACCCCAUACAGGUUAAUCAAAAUUGAAAACAAAGAAAGCAACAUCAAGUCGGACAAUGCAAAUGUAGGAGGUAGCAUGAACACCAUGUAUAGUAAAAGUAACAGUGCAGGUAAUAAAACGAAAAACGAAGUGUGUCUCUUUAGCGUCGUUUUGCACGUGGACAAAGAUCAUUUAAAAAUUACCCCUGAUUGUAACCUACUAAUAAAUACCCUGAUGCAGUGUUUUUAUAUGAGCAUUGAAAAUAUUUGCAUGCGUGAGGAGUUUUUUAAUUACUACAAGGUUCGGGAGUUCUUCGCUAGCGAGAUUUUUGUGGACAGCGUGAUUUUUCGCGGCGGUAGGGGAGGGGCGACACUGACCAGUGAUGCAGGGCAGCACCAAGCGCAGCCAAGCAGUGUGCUGCCAAGCAAUGUGCAGCCAAACAAUGCGCCGCCAAAUGAAGUACCGCCAAACAAUGUGCUGCCGUACCGUGUGCUCCCCCACAGCGGCUUCGCCAGUGCCAUCGGGGCGGACGAAGCAAUCCGGCAGCUGGACGAGGAGCUGAAGGAAAAAAUGAAAAUCAUGUAUAGCUCGAUGGUGGAAUCAUGUAGCGAAUUCGAGGAGGUGAUUCAACUGCACAACAAGAAUGACCAGAUUCAAGUCCACCAGGUAGACAUUAUGAACACACAGUCCAUUUCGCAACUCUUUACAUCUUUUAAAGAGUUAGAAAGUAAGGUAAAGAGGAUGGACAAGCACAUACAAAUACAUUUGUUUAAGGUAGACAAUGCAUUGCUCAUUGAAAAUCUUCUGAAUAACAUCAGGACAAAGUGGAACGACCUGAUCAGCUACCUACCAUCCUUGAGUAACCAAACGAUUGAGGAGCUCACCACCAAACUAGACAAAUCAUUCAAUCUUAUAAAUAAUAUUCCCACCACCAUUAAUGAGCUCGUCGAGUACAUCACGUUCACAAACAAAUUUUCAAAUGAACUGGUCAGCAUAGAAGAGAAUGUAGAAUCUAUAUCGUCCCUUUUUUUACUUUUUAAAAAAUACUACAUAAGUAUGAGUGGAAAUUACACGACCAAAAUUUUUCACAUCAAUCAACACAUGAAUGCCAUGAAAAGUAUUCUCCACAAGGAAAAGAACUAUGAUCUGGAAUUCAGCCAUCUGUUUAGGGAGCUGACUGUUGAGAUCGGCCGAGUAGAACAGAACAUACAACACAUUUUGAGUAUCGUAAAGGGUAACCUUGUCCACUUCAAUUUUGUUUAUUCGCUUGAAGAGAUGGAAUACUUGCUUGGGUGCGUGACACCCAUUGGGGACAUUCACGAAGAGUAUUAUUGUGGGGAUGGGGGAGGAGGAAAAGAGACUGGUUUAGGUGGCUCCCCUGAUCCCCUUUUCGCUAUCGGCCCCGAUGAUGAAAUUCAAGUGCUAGACGAACAAACCAAAAGACGCUGUUACAUAUUCGAGCUGCUGGAAUUUAUUAGAAGAAAAAUCCUGGAGGUUCAGAAGGAUGUAAACAAAUAUAUUUUUUACCAGAAGGUUUUAAAGAAGAAGAAAAAUGCAUUUGUGAAUUUUAGCUUGUUAAAAAAUAUGUUCCUCAAUAACAGUCUUGCCAUUUACACCUACUACAAGUACCUGUGUUGUCACGAGAAAUAUCGAAUGGAGAAAAUUUUCCGGUUGGAUGUAGAAUGCGUGUCGUCUGAAAUAGGGGCCAUAGAUUUGUACUUCAAGAGGAUCAACAAGAACUUUGUGAAUGGACAUUUUUACGAGCGUUGCAGCAGGUUCCACAGGACGUACGAGAGCGCGCUGCGCGUGUUGAGGUUGUUGGCGGCGGUGCGCGGGAGCCGCAAGUACUUCGAGCGGGCGGUGGCUGUGCUGAAUGGCGCCAAGGGCGGGGCCGCGCCGGAGGACGUGGCCUGGGUCAGCAUGCGCCGUGAUGGGGUGGCACGUGAUGGGGUGGCACGUGAUGGCGCGGGCCAUAUGUCUACCGACGAUGCGUGUAUUGGCGAUACGUAUAAUGGAGAGGAGGCGAACCCCGCCGUGCUGCCGAGCGCCCAAGAGCAAAUCGAACUGAGGCAGCUGCUCCACCUGCACUUCGCCAACAGCAUCCCGGACCUGGAGCACAUUUGCUUCGAAUAUGAAAAGGAAAAAAAAAUGAAUGAGCAGCUGGAGAAUUUGAAAGGAAACCUAAAGAAAAACAAAAUAGACAUUAACCUCGUAAACAAAAAGGUAUACUUCGUCAACAACAUAAUAGAACUGAUACACAAUUUGAAGGGAACCCUUGCGGAGCUGUUCGUUCUUCAAAACGACUCCUUCAGUAAACAUAUAUACACAGAAAUGUACCAGCUGUCUCAUCAGAUUAUAAAUUUUACAAACAUCUUAGGAGUCAUUAAUAAAAUACAGACAUGCUAUAUUCAGCUAGCUAAACAUAAAAAUAGCGAAAUGAAAAAAGUUGUAAAAACGGAUCACCUGUCUACCAUCGUAAGUAAGUACAAACAAAUGUGUGAAGAAUUUUUCAUUUACCCACAAAUAAUGAAACAUUUAAAAAAAACUUAUGAGUUGGAAGAAUUUGAAAAAACGGAGAAGCAGCUAAGGGCUAUUCAGGAAGAGGUAGAAAGAUAUACUCUACAACGAAGAAGUGAAUGGUAUACUUUCUUCUUACUCACUGAUGAAGAAUUUUUAAAUGUAUAUUUAAAUAUGAAUGAGCUAAAAUGUCUGAACAGAUAUGUUCAUAAGUUAUUCCCUUAUGUACAGAAAUUCAUUUUUCAAAAUGAUUCCAUUUGUGGUAUUAUUACAUCUGACAAGGAACGGGUUCUAUUCAAGGAAGAGAUAAAAUACAAGAAGACAGAAUUUUUGUUAAAUGAAAUUAAUAACGAAAUUAAAAAUGCAGUGAUGAGGAACAUCCAUGCAUAUGCUGUUCGGAAGGAAUUCUUGGCUCCACUUAAGGAAGACUCCUACCUCUUCUUUUGCCAAAUGAAAAAUCUGCAGCAACUCUUCAUUCUGCUCAAUAUAUACUUUACGCACAUCUGGGAGGGCUUCGUUCAUGAUGCGCAAAAGAGCAAGUACGUUGUCUACCUGCUCACGGAGAAUCUGCGCCGUAUGGCGUGUGUGGUGGCCAGGGGGAGAAGCGCAGUACCAUGGAGACACUCAAGCGUGUGUGAUGAUGGUGCAUUGGGGGAGAGUAUCCCCAGUGAGGAUGUGAAGCAGUGUGGAAGGCACCAGAUGGAACAAGUAGACAAUGACCAACCACUACAAAGCAACAAGGGAUGGAAAAUCACCUUCACCUUUUUCGCCCAGAUGAGAGAUCAGUUGCAGGCUUUCCUACACGAGCAGAGCAAAGGCUCCCUCACGGGGGACACCAGUUAUGACCACCUGGAACAGGUGAAGCACCACCUGGAGAACGAAACCUACCGCAUUCAAUUUUUUAAUCACAGUUUCAAGUACAAGUACGAAUUGCUAGGGAAUGAGAAUUACACGAUGGAUAUGUUUUAUCACCAAAAAAGUUACGGGUUCUUUUUUUACAAGUACAUUCAAAACGGGUUCAUUGUUUUGCCAUCGACCAGCAUCUACGGGAUCACUCACUCAAAAAAUUUUUCUACUCUCCUAGGAUUUCAUUAUAUCCUAAUUAACAACAAGGGAGUGGAGAAGCGGGAUCUCCUGAACUACGUAUCUUGUACUUUGUGCUCCAACGCAUCUGUCUUUCUUCACCAAGUAGAUGCGUACCGACCGGAGGUUCUAUCCCUAUUGAAUGAACAGCUAGCCAAUAUUAGAAACCAUUUGGUCAACAAAAUGAAGUCGAUAAAGAUAAAUGGAAGUGAAUUCAAUCUCAGCAAAAAGAAUCUUAUGUACAUAUCUCUAGCGCAAGAAUGUCUUCCCUUUGGAGAGUACUACUCGGAAGAGGGUUCUGUAAACCCGGUUACCAGACUUCACUUUUCACUGUCGGUACACGAGCCGGCCAAGCCUUUUUCACUAACAAUUCUGUUCCUUAUUUUUGUCCUGUCCUGCGGGCCCAGUCGAGCUCGUACCUUGGCCUCCUCAACGUAUGCGGCCUUCCAGUAUUUGAAGCAGCACGAAUAUUUGAAGCCGCACCUGGACGAAAGGACAUUACUCCGCAUGGUAAAGAUGGUCAGGCGUGAGAAUAAAUCAUACGAUGAGUACACCUUGGCCAAGGGGAUCAUCAAACACGUGUCUUCUUUUGUUCAGAGCUCCAAAUGGAAGGAGCUGGCAAAAGACAUGUGUCUUAUGUUUAACGUGGCCAAGGAGUGGCGAGAUCGGUUACUCAAGUGGGUAGAAAAAAAAGACGAAGCAGAACAGCAAGAAUUGUACACAGCGGAAGAGACUCAUCAGCAAACUUGUCCUGAAACACCCUCGUGGGAUGAACAAAUAGGUCACAUAGUAACUGAUUUAAUGGUAGAAAAAAAAAUGACCUUCAUGAAAUAUCAAGUGGAGAAAUGUUUGCAGUUGUACAAAAUUUUAAAUCACUUUACCUUUCGCCAGAGGGAUGAAAUGAAGUGUCACCAGAGGAACAUCACAAACGUUUUGCUAGUGGGGAAGAAAUAUGCAGGACGAAACACCAUUGUCCUUCUUCUGGCCACUCUGAUUAACCGUUUGGGGGUGGCACAGAAUAAGUCUUAUAAUCACUGCACGGUGGAGAAGAUCGACUUGAGCUACUGCGAGGAUGGGGACUGUUUCAACUUUGUGUUCGGUCGCCGUGGAGGAAGCACCUCUGGGGGGGGACAGGAGGAACGGGCAGGUAAGGAAGCGAUUGAAAUGGGAGUAGCGGCAGGGGUAGCCGUUGAUGGAAGGUACAACCCCAGCGAAGCAUCUCUUGAGAUGAAAAACGCUCAGGGUUGCACCAACAAGUGGGGCAGAAAGACUAAGAAAAAAACGGGCCCCACAUCCACCGAUGAAGAAAGGAAUAGUAAAAAGAAUAACCCAAAUGAGAUGAAACAUGUUAAUCAGUGUAACCAGUGGGCAGCAGAAUCUGUGAUGAAGAGGAAUAAAAUACACAUCAGUGUGAUCAACGUACGGGACAGUACCUUCGUGGAGAGGAUUAUGAGCCACACGAUGAAAAAAAAUCUGCUGAGUCAAAUGGACAAACAACACGAAGAAUGCAAACACCACUGUUAUGUGUUCACUCCAGAGCGAUUAACACAAAUGUCUCCUAACCUCAUUGGGAAGUACCAUCAUGUGCAGGUGAGGCACACCGUCCCCUUCCUCCCCUUCAUCACACAUGCCGUGGAGCGAAUAAAAACGUACAAGACAGUUAAGAAAAAAAUCGUUAAGGUAUUUGAGGAUUUGUUUAUAGAGGCGGUCAACUUUUUUAAGAAGAACAGGAAGCAUGAGGGAAGUGGCACAUUAGGGUUGAGCGGAAGGGCUGGCCAGAAAAACGCCCCGUUUGGCAACCCCACUGGCGAGGCGUUUUCCCCGUCCACAUUCCCUUCACAUGAGGGGGAAGUUAGCAGAGGGGACGUGCGCAGAGCGGACGAAUUGCAGUGCUCAGGGGCGAGUCAAGAUCGGGAUAGGGGUAUGGGAAGUAAUCGAGAUAGCACUUGGCGUGGGCGUAACGAGGAAGCACCCAGAUCUGUUACAGAGGCAGGUGAAGUGCAGGACGAAUCUGAUGAGGAAGGCGAUGAUGAAGUGACGAGGGAAGACGGCAUCCUCCAUUUUCUCCACAAGGGAAGGGCCCAAGUGAGCGUCCACGUGAACACACUGAUCAGCCACUUUGUACAUUUGGUCGAUUAUUUCAUAACAACCCUCAAGGAGAAAAAGGGGACAGAAAAAAAAACCCUGGAGAAUCAUCUGAACAAUAUAAUUACGAUCAGCUUUGUCUACGCCUUUACAUCUGUCAUGGAUAAAAAAUUCAGAACCCAAUUUGAGGGAUUCAUUUUUAAGCACAUCAACAACAUUUCGAUCAUCCCGAGGAACAGCUCCUUUGUGCAUCUACACUACAAUGCUGAAACGAAUAAGAUCAUGAGACACGAAAAAAUUUUUUCAAAGGAGAGUGUGCAUAUAAGUAAAAUGGAUCUAGUGCACAACGCCUUGUUCAUAAAUCAUAAUUAUUUUUUAUUUGAAGAUUCUAACAUUUUAUGUAUGAAGUAUUUGGUAAAAAUUUCUUCCUACCUUCGUAUGCCUCUUGUUCUUAUGGGAGGGUCUAACUCAGCUAAAUCGAUGUGUCUUUAUAACCACUUGAACGCGGAGGACCAGAAGAGGGCAAAUCUUCACAACUUCACCUUCCGCUUCAAUGCACUGUUUCGGUACCACCGAAUUGUAAAUAAGUUGAGACGCUCGUUCGAUCUCUCUGGGGGGUCCGUGCGGGACGACGUGACCAUCUUCAUUGAUGAUGUUAACUGCCUGGGCGGGGAUUCCCGCGUCACCAUGGAGUUCCUCUACGCCCUCGCGGGGACCAGCGCCUUCUUCGACCGGGAGCUCCGAACCGACGUGGCCCUGCCGAGGCGCAGAAUCUUUUGCACCUUUAACAGCGAGCACGCGAUGCGUACACAGGAGGAGUGUCACGACUUUCAAAAGAUGCACCAGCACUUUUUCGUCCUCAACGUGGGGGAGAUGGACACAUUGGACAUACAGAGCGUCUACUCGAGUCUCAUCGAGACGCUCUUCUUGAAAUAUAACUUCUGCGAAGAGGUGAUAACCGAGUGCAACAGCUUCAUCAAGUGCAUCCAGGAGAUAUUCGAAGGCGUCAUGGGAAAGCCCAGGGGGGAGCAAGGCACGCUGUACCUGCACACGAGUAGAAUGAACAACCUAAUCAACCACCUGCUGCUCUACGACAAAGACAUAACAAAUAAUAUAAAUGAUAUUUUGAUUUUCUUCAAACAAGAUGUAUAUAGAAUUUUCUGCAGCGACGUCAUUUCACAUGCACAGAUUCGGAAGUGUAAAGAAAUAAUUGAAAAGUCCUUCACCACACGUUUUAGUAAAUACCUUUUGCAGCAAAACAAUGAGUUUUUUUUAAGUGAACAAAAAAAUAAGCUGACUGUUCAGGUAAAAUCGAAUCUUUGUGAUGAAGGACAGGGAGGGAAAAUAAAUUUUCGCUUUGUAAGUAGCUUUUUUGAGGACAGAAAUGUUGAAGGUUUCUACCAUGACAUUGUAAGGAUGGUUCUGACGAUAAAUUCUUUUCUUCUCUUGAGGAGAAGCAAUAUCGUUUUUUUGAAUGAACAGGAGGAUUUACUACGGAAAAUCGUUUCCAUUUAUUGUGCAUACAAAAAUGAUCGUAUCGCCUUUUUAGCGGAUGACGUGGGUGUGUCUAGGGGGCAACUGCGGGAAGCCUACCACCACACCAUGAGGUCUCUACUGGGGGAGAGUCAAGCAGAUAAUAAUACCAACUCUGAGGUAGAAUCUAUGAGGAGUUCUAAGCUGGAAGAUUCUGUGGGGGAUCCCCCCCAUGGGAGAAAUAUAUUAUUAGGUCGCUUCCCUCACAACGACGAGUACAUGGACCUUAUGGACAACGCACUACACAACGGAGACCUAGAUAGGCUUUAUGAAGAUUUCACAAACCAGUACUACCUAGACAUAGUGAGCUUAAUCAAACACAAACAGGUCCGUAUUGGAGGAAACAUUCAAAACUACAUCGCGCCCAUGUUACUAAACAGGAAUCAUUUUAUCUUCUACACGAAUCAAUAUCAACAGCUUCAUCAAACUCACUCUUCUCGGUUUGUACAUUUGUUCAAGUCAUGCCACGUGGUCCACUUGAAUUUGUUCCACUUUGAGGAGAGUAACAUUUUUCUGUUUAACUUAUCUUUGCCUCUUUACAAUUAUGUGAAGGGCAGACCUACGUACCUCUUCCCUAGUGAGGCGCAGUGUGGGUUGGUCCCUGCAUCUAACUCAGAUGUGGAGAUUUCUCUGGAAAUUCGUUUCCUCACUAGAAUAAGUGGAAGUUUGAACGGACUGCUAGCAAAUCAGGGCGUCUACCACCACCAGUGGGAUCAUCACUCCUCCCCUGAUGUGAAGCCACCCCAUUGGAGGGGGCAUACUAACACACAAAUUGACGCAGCUAUAUUUGUGAAGAAGACACACCAAGUGUACACCACAUUGAACAAGCAGGAACUGAACCCGUUGCUAGAAAAAAGGGACAAAUGCAAAAAGUUCAUCGAACACUUGGUCAGCCAAAGUGAAGAAACACACACACUAGUACAUCAAAUAGGGGACAAAAUUAGGAAAAAGGAAAAGGAGAUGAAUCUAAUGAACAACCAUGUGGAAAACUCCCUCAGAGAAUACAUGAAGAAAAUACAUAAAGCCAAAAAUGAUUUGAAAAAAAUUACCAAAGAAGAUUUUAAACAUUUUAAGGAGGAAAAUAGGAACAGGUAUGGAGGGUUCCUCAAAAUCGUGUACCUCUACUUUGGUCAAAGGAAUGAUGAGAAUUACAUUAAAAAUUCCUUCAACUAUUCAUUUUUUUUUUAUCACAUUAAAAAUAUAUUCAUCGAUUCUAUUACCAAGAGCCUCAUCCUCAAGUACGAAAAUGUGUCUAAUGUGGAAAGGUUUCUUAAUUAUAAGUUUGUUAAUAUAUUAAAUUCUUUUAUCGUUUCGGUUAAUGAUUAUGUGAAGAAGAGGGAUUCUCUUUUGGUGCAACGGAAGGGGGUGAUCCAGCUCAGUCAGGAUAUUUCUGCUUUACGCGAUGACUUGCGGAAGACGCUGGUGGGUGGGGCUCCCCCAGAUGCGCGCGAUGUGCUGGAGGAUCUCCUCUCAAUUGAGCACGAGACGAAGGAAGAAAUCGAGCGCAGGACACAUGUCCUCCUCCCACUGAAAAGCGUCCUGUUCAUCUACUGCUCCGCCAUGGAAUCGAGGGAGAAAAAGAAGUUCAUAAAAUUGCUCAUGAAGGAGAGGGACAAGUACAGGCGGAUGAGUCUCGAUGCGUCUGGGGUGAAGCUCACGGGACGGACUGAGCAGAGGGGGCAAGUGGAGACGUUAAACCUUUCUGGGCACCCCGAACCGCCCCAGUGCUGCCAGCCCACCUGGGGUGACCUGACCCCGCGGAGCGCACUCAACCUGGAGAACUAUCUACCUCCCACAUUUGUAAAGCAAUAUGAGCAGCUGAAUCUCUGCUGGGACAGCAUGCUCAUGUUUAACUGCAACCUGCUCGAUGUUCUGCACGAGAAGGUAAUCAUAUGCAUCGACCCCUUUCAACAAAUGAAGAAGUACCUUUUAAAGAAGUUCCGAAGGGACGAGGAAAAGUACGUCUAUGUGAAGUGGCAGUGCGGUUGGGAGAUUUACGCCGUUGGAGGGGACAGCCAAGGGGGAGUUGCCCCGUUGGACAAAGAGCUUCGAACCGACCACGGGCACAGUACCGACAUGAGUUGCUCUAGUAUGAGCCGCCCCAGCAUAAGCCGCGACAACAGGAGCCACGACGACAAAGAGGAACAUCUCGCGCACAUCACAAACAAGAUAAGGAGCUACCGGAGCAGGAGCUUCAACAUUGUGUUCAAAAAAGUGGACGAGCUUAUUUACUCACUUGUGAAUGAAGGCACACAGGGGUCUGGAACUGUAUACCUCUUUGUCGACUCUGUUGAGGAGAUUGAUUUCACGAAGAUAGGACAGGACCACCAUGUCAUCUUGUGUGAUUAUAAGAAGAGGAAUCUACUGAACCUGUUUGCUUACUAUUACGACAAGGGGGCGAAGGGACGUUCGGGUUCGGAGUUCCCAUCAGUGAUGAGGGCCCUGCGCGAGGAGGAGGUGCUGCGCCGAGCGGCUGACCUGCUCGAGAAGACGGCAAGAAGAAAAGAUAAGCAUGCCAGUGGGCAUCACGCCAAGCAGUGCGACGAAGAGGAGACGAGCAACAGCCACUUGGAAGACUCACAGGGGAAGGACAAAAGUGAACGAAAUGAACAAGGCGAAACGGGUGAAGCAACCGCUAGUACCCCCCCUACCGCACAGGUGGUCGUCCUAACUUACGUGGCCUACCUCCUAACCCAGUCGCUCGGGAUGAUGAAAGAAAGAUACAAGUUCCCCCAAUACAACUUUGUAAAGGUCGUCAAGCUGGCCAGGAGUAUAUUCAACGGAGGGAAGAGCAAAGAGAACGAAGUGUCUGUGUUAAACUUCUUCUACUUUCACAUUUUGUCCUUCGUGGACAGCAAACAUACACUGCUGUUAAAUUUCUUGCUGAGCAUAUACCUGGAUGUGUAUUAUUACAAAGCGAUAAAGUGGAAGGAAGUGUUUUUAUUUUUUCGAAGCUAUAACAAGGGGUGGGAGAAGCGAGUACUUCACUCCAUUGGGCAGAAGCGGAAGAGGGACGCUGCAUUUGGAGAAGGAGGGGACUGUCCCGUUGAGCAUCUGCACGAUUCACUUUCAUCAGGGGAUGCUUCGGUUCGAAAUGUGGACUCUUCAUGUAGGAUCAGCUCAAAUAAGGGGAACAAUCCCUUAUUUGAAUAUGAAAAUUGUACCUCUGAGCGAGGGAAAGAUGAAUUGGCGAAUGGCGAAGACAACUGCUUGAGUGAUGUGUGGGACAGUUCCUCCGCCUACACGAGUAGCAUAUACGAUGAGCACUUUGGCUUAGUGGAGAACGAGUUAGGCGAGGAAUAUUACUCUGGGGAGAGCCUCACGCAGAAUGGGCCGUGGGACAGGGGAAGUGAAUCCUUGCAAGGUCAGACAAAUCUGUGGGGAGAAAAAAUGGCUUAUGGGAUGAACGAGAAUAGGGAGGGUCAAAUUUUAAAAUGUGUAGAUCGAUCAGUGCAGGUGCUUUAUGUGGAGAAGAAGAAGUUGAAGAGGGUGUUCUGUGAAGAGGAGGACGAGCAGCCGCUGCAGCUGCAUGAUGAUGGUGAUAAGGAGGGGGCGCCUGUUAAGAAUGCCAAACAGGCUAACGUGAGAAGUGGAGAGACAGCCAAAGGAACAACCAUGCAUUCACACGACCACACUGGUAGCAGCGAUGAGGAUGAAUUGGAUCCAUCUCUUCACGUAGCUGGUGACAAGGAGGAAGACUCCAUCGAGUAUUAUUUACCUGAGCUUCUACAACUGAGAAGCACAAACAGGUGUGUAUUCAAAAAGUUAUUGCAACACAUUAAGAAGAACAAAAACAUAUGGAACAGGUAUGUUAGGACGAGGAGUCCCCAUUUGGUCGCACCCACAGAUACAGGUGAAGAGAAUAAAAAGGAAGACGACGCGUUUCCACUUAAGGAGUUCACUAAGCCAUGCAUGUUGUUUUACAGAAUGGUAGUCGACAGAAUUAUAAAGAAGCAGGAGUUUGUCCUGUCAGUUAGGAAGUACGUGGACGUAAAGCUAAGCGGAAUGAUUUAUUUGGAGCGAGAAAUGGUUAACAGGAAUUUGUGCCAUUUCGUCGCUUCUCACGUUGGUGGUAACUCUGCUUGCAUCAUCGGGGGAGAGGUCAUACCCAGAGGGGACGAAUGUAUAAGGCACAUUACAAGCGAGCGUCACAAUUGCUCUAAUGAUGAUGAGAACCCUGGUGAAGUCUUCAUACAGUGCGUGCAGCAGGGAACAUACUUCAACACUCUGCUCAGAGAAAGAAACAAGCUGGUUAUACUUGUGCACAAAAACCGACACAGCUUUGCAUUGUCCACGGUGAUGCUAACAAGCAACAACGUCCGAUACAUAGAUGUGAAUAAUUCUUCCAACUCCGUGUCUUCAAAGCAGAAGGAUGUGGUCAUGAUGGAUGUUGGGGAGGGAGACAUGCACAAAGCGGAGAAGUAUAUAAAGAAGAACUCUCACAAAAUUUAUUUUGUUUAUUAUAAUCGCAUGGACAGUCUAUCACCUACACUGAUGCGAAACGCCCUAGUGCUGAACCUCGAUUUUGCACACCAAUCACAGGAGUACCUGCACUUUCUACACUUCUGCCUCAAUUCGCUCACUAUUUGUAAUGCACCUGGUGUGGAAGAAACAAGUGGGGAUACUACUAUCAGGUGCCUUUUCCUCACCAUUUUGUUUUUCUCCCUGUUGAAUGAGCAGGGUCCUGUGGAAAAUACAAACGUUAAUGUGGACCUGCUGAAUGAGAUGGUGGGAAUGGUCGAGCUAUUCUGCGAAGUGGCUCAGAAGGGCGGUCGCUACACAGAGGUGGGUAAAUUAGAUGCUCACCAUGAAGAAGCCUCACAACGAGAUCAUGUGGACGAUCGCGCAAAGUACAAGGCGCAAUUAAAAAACGCAGAGAAAUGUAAAAACUUCCUCUCUUAUCAUUUGAAGACAUUUGUGAAUAAUUUAUUUUCCAAGGACUUUAUACUAACGAAGAACAUACUGCACUCCUUUGUAUAUAAUUUAUUUUCGAGUAAAAUGAACAGGAACAGUCCAUCCGUUAUAAGCAACGUGUUGCAAAUGCCGACCAGUAUUAAGACGUUGCAUGGCAUGAUUGAGCAUAUCUGCAAAAAUAUGCACUUGAUGGAAAAAAUUUUUAAAAAGAAUACAAGUGUAUACUUGUACGAAGGGGCACAGCUGAUGUCUCUAACCGAGAGAGUGCUUCUUUCGGAGUGCCAGUUGAUUAACAGGGCCCAUAGGACAAACACCUUUCAGUUGAUUCUUCUUUACCUGGAGGAGUUUUCCUGCUUCGUGUCGAUGAGGCAGGCCGUCAACGCCACGCCAACGUUGAAGUACCUGACGGAGGAAUACAACUCCCUACUGAGCCACAUCAGAAGCAUGAAAGACGAAAUUAGACACCUCGUCCAAAUGGCAGGCUCACUCCACCUUUCGAAUGAUCCCUUGGGGGAGAUGCAAUUAGAUUUGCUCACCUUCAGGGUGCCGCGCAAAUGGGACGCCUUGUCUAGGGGAGAGAACGACUUGCGGGAAUUCUUUGCGCACAUAAAGGAAAAGCUGAGUUACUUGAAAAAUCUGAUAAAGACAGAUCAGCGGGGAGGCAGACACGUGUACAACGUCUCCAUGUUUAAGAAUCCGUUACUCUUCUUUUACUCGGUGUAUCUGAGUUAUGCGCGCAGCAUGAAUGUGCCGUUGAGCAGCCUGAGCGUGUCCUUCAAGUACUGCGACGGAAUUAGCGGGAACGAGGAGGGCAUUUGGCUGCUGCCCAUACAAACAUACAAAGGCGAAUUCGUGACGACCUCCCAGCCCUUCGCGCACAAGUUCAUCCACAAGAGAAACAGCAUUUUCAUGAAAAUUUGCGACGAGGAAAACAGGCGUGGUGUGCGCGCGAGUGGGAGAGAGGAGUACGGCGAGCUGGGCCUCGUAGCGCCCGCUGAGGGAGACACCGUGAACAACGCCAAAGAAAAGGAAACAGGAGAUCAUUCCGCCCCAAUGGACAACCAAGGUGGAGGGGUCGAUAACCCUAAUGUAGGACUGUCUGUACAAAAAGGAGAAGCCAUUCGAAUCCAUAACACCAAUGACUAUUGGGCAUACACCCACAAGAAGGAAAAUGAAUUUUAUUACGAUUCGCCCUACAUUUAUAUAAAGAUAAAAAAGAACAAGCAGAGUGAGAUUGCUCACAAUGGAGGAAAUGAAAAAACUGAUCCUAAUUGCGCAUACAACGAGGAUGCCGAUAAAGGGGGUGCCAAUAAAAAUUCAAAUGAUGCAAAGGAUGGGGAAGGGUUCGAAAGAGAAGCAAGAAGCCAUCUUGGUGAUAGUUAUGAGGAAGGAGGAAUGGAAAGGACGAAUUUAGCUAGCUACUGUGCAGAUAAUUUAACUUGUGCCUUUAGCGCCUUCAAAAAUAACGACCCGUUCGACAAGAAUGAUUUUAUUUUUUAUUGCCCCGUCUUGACUUUCAACCCCAGAACGCGCAGACACGAUAAAACGCUAUUUUUCCUACCCAUCCCGUGCAUAUACAACAAGACAAUUUACAAGAAGCUCAAAGUGCACAUGUUAUUGUAG